AGGUGACAGAAAGACAGAGGGAGUGGAAAGACAGAGGAGCAAGGGGCGGUGUUAGAGGGAAUGGUUUGGUUUGGACGCUCCAGAUGCUCCAGUCAGUGGAAACCCGUCCGUUUGCAGCUCGCAGGAGUUUCACGGACGAUUUGUCAUCUUAUCUGUCAUUUCAUACACCAGAGCAGCACGAGCACACAUAUACACACACACACACACACACACUGCCCGCAUAGACUCCUGUGAUCAUCUCCAGAGGCUGCUGGUGCGCAAAGAGAGCCAGAAGAAAGACAUCAUGAGUGACCGGUUCAACUGCAAAAACUGUAACGAGUCCCUGUGCGGACGCAAAUACAUCCAGGUGGAGGACAACCCUCACUGCAUCCCCUGUUACGACCGCCUGUACGCCAACACCUGCCAGGAAUGUAAAGAAAUCAUCGGCCAUAAUGCCAAGGAGCUCUUCUAUGAGAACAGACAUUACCACGCGCACUGUUUCCGCUGUUUCCACUGCGACCGCUCUCUGGCAGACGAACCUUUCACCAGCCAGGAGGAUGUCCUGGUGUGCAGCGACUGCUACUGCAGCGAGUAUUCCUCCAAGUGUGUGUCCUGCGACAAGAUAGUCAUGCCAGGAUCAAGGCUGUUGGAGUACGGCGGCUCCACGUGGCACGAGGACUGUUUUAUGUGUCACAGCUGCGAGAAGCCAAUCGGUGCAGAGGCCUUCAUCCCAGACAACAACAACUACUACUGUGUGCCGUGCUACGAGGGCAGGGUUGCUCCUCAGUGCAGCCACUGCAAAAAGGCUUUGACUAAAGGCGGGGUGACCUACAAGGACGAGGUGUGGCACAAAGAGUGUUUUCUCUGCACGGGCUGCAAAGCUCCGCUGGCUGGCCAACCCUUCACCUCGCAGGGGGAAAGUCCGUACUGCGUCAAGUGUUUCAGCAGCCUGUAUGCCAAAAAGUGUGCCGGCUGCAACACGGCCAUCACAGGGUUUGGAGAUGGGAAGUACGUUUCUUUCGAGGACCGGCAGUGGCACCAGCCGUGCUUUAAGUGUUCACGUUGCUCCGUGUCGCUGGUCGGCUCCGGGUUCUUCCCCGACCGCGACAAGAUUCUGUGUACAGACUGCAACAACGACGACUGACCGCCACUGACCACCCCUGCAGUAAAUAUCAAACGCUGCCGACACUAGCAGA